UACCCCAAACCACCCAUCACUUCCUUCCAACUCAUACAAACAAUUCUAACAUACUUUUCUUUCUUUUUUUUCCCCUCUUUAAAAGUCUGGCUUUUGGUCCUUUGAUUCCCAACUUCACUUGUCACAUAUCAUAUUAUGAAGCUCACAGGUUUCCUGCAAGCGGUGACUCUUGCUUUGGUGUUAGCCACCGUCUCUGCAUCAGAUCCUGAUCCUCUUCAAGACCUCUGUGUCGCAGACCUUGCUUCAGCGGUUAAAGUGAAUGGAUUCACAUGCAAAGAUGCUGCCAAGGUAAAUGCGAGUGAUUUCUUCUCAGACAUACUAGCCAAACCAGGUGCCACAAACAACACCUAUGGCUCCCUAGUGACUGGAGCCAACGUUCAGAAAAUCCCAGGACUCAACACCCUUGGCGUGUCUUUAUCACGCAUUGACUAUGCCCCAGGUGGCAUCAACCCACCUCACACGCACCCACGUGCCACCGAGGUAGUGUUUGUGCUUGAAGGAACACUAGAUGUUGGGUUCAUAACCACAGCCAACGUGCUCAUAUCAAAGAGCAUAAGCAAGGGUGAAAUAUUUGUGUUCCCAAAAGGGUUGGUUCACUUCCAAAAGAACAAUGGAAAGGAACAAGCUUCAGUGAUUGCAGCAUUCAACAGUCAAUUGCCUGGCACACAGUCCAUUGCUCUAACGUUGUUUGCAGCGACGCCACCGGUUCCAGACAAUGUGUUAACCAAGGCGUUCCAGGUGGGUACCAAGGAGGUUGAGAAAAUUAAGUCUAGGCUUGCUCCUAAGAAAUAAUUAAUACUAAUGUGGGAUGUGGUUGUAAUGUCUCUCUCAUUGUUCUUACUUCUUACACCUUCCUCUCUUGUCCUUGUUCUUGUUGCUUUACAAUUCAUGUUUGUUGGGAACUCAUAAAUUCAAAGAUUUGGAAUGAGAGUAUAAAAUGGAGCAUAUUCAUUUCUUUGAUGAUUGGAAUUUGAAAUUAGAUGCUUGCUUCCUUGCAUGCUUCUUCGUUUUGUUAAUUAAAUGCGCUAUUAGUGGUUC